ACCUAGAGUAGAGUGAAGAAUGAAAUAACAGACAUACCUAGGGCCAGUGCCCAUGCACCAUACCCCUACACCGAGAGCUCACGAUUCUCCGCAAAAGAUGUGAUUUUUCCUAGUGGAGGCAUCUUGUCCCGACUUCCAUUAAAACCACUUCUUCCUCCAUUACCAACCAAUUGCUUUUGUUGUCCCUGGUCCUUCCCACCCCUCCCUGCUUCCCUCCUAACGCGAGCCUAUCUGGGCAUUUAAGAUACUAAAGCCACUGCCCUCUUAUCUUAGUUCAUUAAACUUGCGCGUGCAGGUGUUGUCUAGACUACGUAUGUGCAAAUUUAGUUUGCGACUGUCGGAAGCAGGGCCGCUGUGGUGAGAAUGUUAAGUGAUCAUCCGCAUUGACAACGUGUGGCGAGUUUCACGGUUGAGGGGUGUGAUUGCAUUGAAGGGAAGAUCAGUUGGAGAAGUGCAGGAUGAGUCCGUCGACAUCUGUGUGCCGCACUGUCACUCAGGCUGAGAGGGAUUUGGUUGGGAAGGCGGUGCCUCUGAUGAAGGACGCAGGAUUUCAGUUUGGGGUCCGGAAGCAGGAGAAUGGCAGUGGCUCGCCGUUGAAAGUGAGUAAGGAUUCCCACCGGAUCAGGAAGCCACCCUUGCCGCUCCCCCAGGUGCAGUACCGUCCUCCGAUUAUCAUUCAUACGUACUCGCCCAAGGUGAUUCACACGCAGCCGGACGAUUUCAUGUCGCUGGUGCAGAAGCUCACGGGCUCCAGUGAUACAAGGUUGCGAUUGAAGAAGUCUCCGAAGAAGGAGAAGUCCGCGGACCGCAAGGACCAGACACCUGCAUCGAACAGCGGUGUUCAGGCCGCAGCUGCUUUAAUUCUUGAGCGCCAAGGCUCAGGGUCAUCUUCGACGACCAACUGUGGCUCGCCCUCUCUCUCUGUCGACUCCGCGUUUCUAGUCACCGAUUCUUGCGACGGUGAAGCAACAAUCAAUCAGUCGAACUCGCCUAGGAGCCCACUUGACUCACCCUUCGAGUUCGACAACGACCUGAUGUUCACGCAGUUUGAAUACCCUUCAACUCCUGGUAGCAGCAUGUUCAAUUCCCACAGUGUCAAGGCUGAGCCGAUGCUCUCCUUUCCUGGUGACAAUCAUUUCAACUCCUUCGUUGAUUUGAUUGCACCGCAGAAGUCUUCGCCCCGACCUCAAAUGCAACAGGAAGCGGACAACCCGUAUGCCAACAUUGAUAUCAACCCCCCUGUCUCAUCAUUAGGGUUCCUCCCCCCAAAUCUUAUGCCCAGUCUACCCGAUUUCUCACCAAAUACUUCAGCAUGGUCUCAGUCUUUCCUUGACUUCCCCUCUAGUCCUGCACCUUCGGGUCACUUCGGGCUCCAGGCGCCGUAUCAACGCCAACGCCCCCUCCAACAAUUCUCCGCAGGGUACUCUCUCCCUAUGGAAGGUAACAUGGUGGCCCUGGAAAACAUCCAGGCCUUCAUGAUGACAUGAUCUCAGAGUUGAAUUCACAGUAUUAGCGUGGGUUCGGAGGUUAGCGCUUUGUAACAGAGGUUUUAGUGCCGAUGCCUCAACAAUUUUGGUGGUAUGUCCGGUGAGGAGUGUCUUUUCUCUUGCAGAUAGGAAGCUGACGGACAAAUUGUAGCUAUUGACUCUAGAGUAGUGUACCAUGUCUUUGAGGGGUAUUCCGUCAUCGACUUGUAGAGGUCUGUACAUUGUAGGCACAGGAUGCGAGGACACUAACCCAGCUUUGGCACUUGUAGAUAGAUGUCAUGAUUUCAGCGCGGAAUGUUCAGCGUUGCAAGUAAUGGGGAUCAGACCAAUGACAACUUACAUAGAUUCGACCGAGAGUGUAGAAGUUUACACAGAUCUCAAAUGUUUCAUUAUCAUAGUAGAAUUAGCUUCAUCUCGACGCUGAGAUGAGGAGACGUCCAAACAGAGAUAGAGAUAGAGAGGGAAUGUAGAGAAGAACCUCGUGAAAUGGCGGGUCAAAUCUUGUGUUGUAACAUAAUCGUGUUCAGCAUUGCAAUUAUAACGUGCUACUGACAGGAUGUGCGCUUUUUUGCACGCGUA